AGGGGAGGCGGAGUCAACGGCAGUAUGGUCUGGGACGCGGAAGAGGGAAGACGCAGGUGUGUUGCUCUGUGUUGCUGAUCGCCCUUGCUCGCGUCGCUUUCACCUGCCAGCCUCCCACACGCGACUCUCCUCUCAAACACGUUGCCGCGUCGCCACCACUACCUCCACUACUUUUCAAAGGCUCUAGUUAAAGUGCCUAGGGGUUCUUAAGGGUGUUUUUACGGUUCUAGUGACAGAUUAAUGAGGUUUCGACAUGACUAAGAGGAACAGCAGUCUUGUGGAGGUGGCUAAUCGUCUCUGUGGCCUUUGAAAAUUGUCUCGGUGAUUCACAGUGAGGGAGAGAGACCGGAUCGUUUCAAAAUAAGUAUCUUGCGCGCUGGGACUUCAACGACAGCUUGUAAUCGCGUAUGGGACGGAAUGAACGCGUGAUAUUAACGUUUAAGCGAUAGAAGGAGACAACAAGAGAAAGACAGAGAGGAGAAACCAGAGGAAGAGAGAGGGAAUGGAAAAAUAGGAAAAGAAAGAUUAGUGCUAGAAACUUAAGUGCAUUUUAACACCUUGGACAGACUACAUGCCCCCUGCCGCGCCCCCAGCCAAGGCCACACAGGGGCGCGGCGACCCCCCUGCCAGAUGACCGCCGCUCCCCUGCCACUCCUGAAGCAGUCAUGAAAUUCUUGUUCAGGAAGAAAUGCAAACAAGGGAAGAACUACGUGGAGAAGCUGCCGUGGGUGGCCAUCCAGAGCGACCUGCUGGAGGUGACUCUCGGCAGUCGCGGGGGCAGCCGCAGCACUAGCCCGGGCCCGGAGGAGGGCGGGGCGGGCGGGGCAUGGUGUGUGAGGGUGUGCCUGCUGAGGCUGGUGCAAUUCGCACUCCUGCUGGCCACGCUCGCUACUGUGGCAAACUUCGUGGCCUCCGCCCUGCUGGCCGCCCCCGUCCCACGCCCACGCCCGCUACUUCCGCCCGUGUCUGAGGACGCCCUGCCACACGCCUCCCCGGCCACCCUCCUUGAUUUGGACGACUUCGAACUGCUGCACGAGGCCGAGGCCGCCUGUCGCCCCGCACGCCUCUUCUUCCUCUUCCUCGUGCACUCCCGACCCGACCACUUCCUCCAGCGCCAGGCCAUCCGCGCUACGUGGGGCGGCGCCCGGGACCUGGGCGAGGGCUGGGCCACCCGCACCGUGUUUCUGCUGGGGCGCGGCGGCGGUGGCGACGGCAACAGUGUGGCCCCGGAGAGCAGCGUGUUUGACGUGGAGGGCGUGGUGGCGCGGGAGGCGGCGCGGCACGGGGACCUGGUGGUGGGCUCCUUCGUGGACCACUACCACAACCUCACCUACAAACACGUGAUGGCGCUGCGGUGGGCGGCGCGGCGCUGCUCCCACGCUAUCUUCCUAGUUAAGGCGGACGACGACGCCUUCAUCGAUGUGCCGGCGCUGAGGGCGCUGCUGGGCCGCACCUUCAGCGUGCCUCCGCCGCGCCGCACGCUGGCCUGCAACGCUCUCCCUGCAGGUACACAGCCUCAGCGGAGUGGCAAGUGGGCGGUGAGCCGCGAGGCAUACCCAUGGGUGGAAUAUCCACGCUAUUGUGCAGGCCUGGCCUACCUAGUGACGCCCACGGUGGCUGAUUUGCUGGCACGCGCGGCACAAGCGGAGGUGGCGCCCAGGGUGUGGGUGGACGAUGUGUGGGUGACGGGACUCCUGGCCGAGGCACUUGACCUGCGGCCUCACUACCUCAACCUGCGCUACUCCUACGACCACGACGAGGUGGCCCAGUGGGCGGCCAGUGCGCGCCCUGCUGCUCCGCCGCCCUACACCUUCGUACACCUGGACGCCGCUCGCCCAGACUGGCGAUCCACACUCGACACGCUGUGGAGUCACGCCCUCACCGUGCACACCUCCCUGGUGCCCAAUGCCACCGCCACAGAACCGUCCGCGGCGUCGUAGCAGCGGGGGCUGCAGUGACUCUGUGCCAAAGUGCGUACAAACAACAAUAAUGAACUUGACCUGCAGCCUGUGUCACCCCAGGGCCGCACCAGCCCUCCCCGGAAGCACCGCCGCAGCCUGGGGGCGGUCACGACCUCCGCGACCUUGGAUGGCGGGUCGCUGACUUUCCGCAUGACGCUGAAUCAGCUCCAGAGGCCAACGCUGAUGUGGGAAGCAGAUGACCCGCCGUCACAGGCGGCUGGCCCGCCACCCCCCACCCCGGCUUCUGUUGACACGAGCCGCCCCGCAACCACCGCUGUGACGCGCCACCGUACUGCCACGCAAGCGCGGAAGCUGGGAGGUCAUUUUCCAGACGACAGCCGUGGGCCGGUGGCCGGCGAGGGGCGGGGGCUGCUGACCCGCCAGCCUGUAUCGCCAAAACUUGAUAAUCAUGUCACGGCACGGCGCGCAGGCUCGCACCUCUCGUUCCGUGCCUGACACUCCGCCGCGGCCCGCCAGGCACGCCCGUUAGGCAGCGCCACGGCGCCGCUGGCACCCAUGCAGCCAUGCAGGCACCGUGCAUGCGUGACACACACACAGGUAACGCUUACCUAACAAGCGCUCGUCUCGCGCGCCUAAUCAACCGCCGCUAACAAAAUCCGCGACCUCCUCUCGUACAGAACGCCAAGCAUUGGACGCCCCGCCCCACCAUGACCGUGCACUGGCGGCCCCCGAUCGGUGGAGGCCCGGGCUGGCGUGGGCGUAGCGUGGUGGGCAUGAGAGACCGUGGGGGGAAAGUGUGCACACGUAAAGAAGAACAUUAACCUUUCACCACGCCGCCAUCACACUCCUCCCUUCCGCCCAUAACCCCCUCCCUGCCCUUCCACCCUCCGCACUGCUCCCAUCACCCCCUCCCUGCCCCGUUCACCUUCUUCCCAUACUCCACCCAAUUAGCCGCCCUGCCCACCUUCCUCGCCUCAUCCUUCAACCGAUCCUUGGCCCCCACGUCACCCCUGCCUUCCCUGCCCUGCCCUCCCUGCCCUCCCUCCCUCCUCCACCCCCACACACUGACUAAUCUGUGAUAUGUAAUUAUAUGUUCAAUAAAACACAUGAGAACU